AUGCCCACCUCUGCCGGCGACAUGCGUCCUCCCGCCCAUCCUGCUGACGGCGCAGCGACGCGGCCCGCGAAACGCGUCAAGCUCUUCGCCGGCGCCCCGGACCCUGCAGCCCUCGAAUGGGACGAGAGCGCGCUGGUCAACGAUUGGACGCCGCCCGUGCGCCGUUUCUUGAAUAGGCAAUUCGCGGGCGGCGGAGACGACGAGACUGCAGCCUCAAAGUGGCGCGCCGUCCCAACCUCGCGCCACGCUCACCUGCCCACCGGCUUCACGCAGGAGAGUCCAUUGAGGAGAGACUUCCUGCCCGCACCCAACGCCGAGCGCUCGUUUUCUUUCAGCAGCCAGCCGUCCGACGAUCAGGGAGCGCCAUCGUCCCACAAAGAUGCCGCCGUCACAGGGCGGAACCCUGCAGUCCACUCGUCCCCUCCACCACCACAAGACGACGACGACGACGACGACGACGACGACUUCAUCGAGCACUCCAUCGCCGUCCACGACGACACGCGCUCUUCGCAGCUCGCCCACGACGACGACCCUUCGACCGAUCCGCUAAUUGACAUCGACUCCUCAUUCAACACCACCACCACCUCCUCCUCCUCCUCCCUCCUCGGCGGCGUCGACGCCCCCCCGCUCCCAGACGCCCGCCUCCCCACCGGCCCGCGCGGCAUCGCCGCCCUGCGCGACCUCCCCUCGGCCGCGCACCUGCAGCGCAUCGUGCCGCAGACGGUCGUCGUGACGCUGCUCGUCGGCGUCGUCGCCGUGCUGCCGCCGCGCGCGGUGCGCACGCGCCGCGGCCGGUGGCGCGACCUGGUCGAGCUGCUGGUCGGCGACGAGACGGCGACGGGGCUGAAGAUUUCGUGCUGGUUCGCGCACGAUGACGGCGACGACGAGGACGAUGAGGACGGGAACGAGGACGGGGACGGGGAUGGGGGCGAGGAAAGUCGGGAGAUCGGGACGGGGGCGAGGAGGAGGAGGAGUGGGAGAAUUGCGGGGAGAGCAGGCGCGAAGGCGGUUGGGUUGCCGAAGGAGAAGAAGAAGAAGAAGAAGAAGAAAGAGAAGGAGAGGGAUCCGUUGCGGGAGGCGUUGGGGAGCUUGAGGGUGCAGGACGUGGUGCUGGUCGAGAAUGUGGCGCUGGAUACCUUCAGGGACCGCGUCUUUGGCUACAGCCUGAGGAAAAGCAUUCAAAAGAACCAGACGAGGAUUGAGCUGCUGGCGAGGGGCGGGGUGGACAGGGCUGCGGGGUUGGCGGGCGUGGAGAAGGUGGAGAGAGUGAAGGAUUGGGUGUGGAGGCUAGUGAACCCAGGGAGCGCUGGCCCACAUGAUGGGAGAGGGGGAGCAGACGCUGGUGCGGGUGCUAGGAGGGCGCAGGACGCGUAUUUACCGCCAGAUACCCAGGAGUAA